GGAAGACUCACGUGCGGGCUCUCUAUGAGCAGCCUGCCGCCCAGGUACCAGAAACCUUCGCAGUUACACUGCAUCCAUGGCAGCGCAGCGGUGCAGGGCAAAUGCACUUUCUCUGCAGGUCUAUUUUCAGAGGUGGUAUUUGCUGAGACGAAAUGGGCACUGGAAAGACCAAGCUAGCUGUGCUAGUGAUGGAAAUGGCGAAAAACGAGCGAGGAUGCUUUUCACUCGUGGUUUGCCCAGCUUCAUGCCGGGAACAACUGGAAACCAGAGAUCUUGGCCACUUGCAAGGCAGGCUGCGCACCAAAGGUUCUUAUACUGAGGAAUCAAAGAACGCGGCCCGUCAGCUCGUCGAAGAUAAAUGGAAAAUCAUCAUCAUUUCCUAUGACUUUCUGGCUGCCAAUCACGAGGCAAUUGAAGAGUUCCCCAAGUACCUCACAAAGUUCAAGGGUGGUGAUAGGUGGCCGGUGCGACCUAUUGCGGCUAUCUGCACGGAUUUCUGGAAGCUACACAACCUACCAAUAAAAUGGGUGGUACUAGAUGAGUGUCACAGAAUCAAAAGGGAUGAUGUUGUCUUUUAUAAGGCGGCUUGCUCCCUGUUUCAUAACGGAAUUGUGGUGCUUUUGGGCACAGUUCUGAGCAAUAUCUGGCAUGACAUUGCCAACCCCAUAACCUUGCUCCAGGGCCAGCUGUUCCAGACCAAGCAACAAUUCAUUAAUGCUGACAAUGAAACAUCUGCAAUUGGGGCAUUGAGUGGUUGUGAGGAUUUCUUCUGGCCCUCUGUUUCCUCGACCGGAUAUCCAGCAUACUUUCCCGUCCGGGUCGUUUGACCGUCGAUUCCGUCUAACUUCCUUUCACAAACCCCUCAUGGAAUGGGAUCGACCAAUAGCAG